AUGGAUGGAAUGACUGCGACUUUCCUUAUUCGAGGGUUUGAAGCUAGUAACUCGUUGCGUAGAGUACCUAUUAUCGCUCUGACCGGCCUGGCGUCCGCAACUGCACGCAAUGAAGCCCUUGAAUCCGGCAUGGAUCAGUUCUUGACAAAGCCGUUUUCGUUCCUGCAGCUAACUGAGAUCAUCAGCGGUCUACCACCUACCCCAGCUGCGGACUGA